GCGAGCGACGAGCGGUUGGUUUGUAUCGUACGAGCUUCCCACUGCAAAGGAAAAGCGCGAGAAAGCUUUCGUAAAGCUCACCUUAUACAAUACAAAAUGUCGGAUAUACGCUCUACUACUAGUUCUCUUGCCAUGCGCAAGAACACUGCCGGACCUGCUCCGGCAGGAACCCCAAUUUUGCCGCAACUAAAGUGCAAUCACACCGCAUUAUGUCCACGUAUUGAAGGAACAUCGCUUGGGCGAAGUCGUGCAUUUCAACACUCAACCACGGUCAACCGGCUGACGGCGUUUGUGGCAAUACCUGACAGUGCCGCGACGUCCCAGCCGCCACAACCAACUGCGACAGGCGCAGCGCUCGCGGCUGCAGCAGAGUUUCUAGAGGCAAUACCGCGAGCCGGAAAUGUCCGUGAACUUCGAGCCGUCAUGCAGAAAGCGCAAGCUCUCGACUGCCUUACAACCGCUCAUGCAGUUGCCAUGCUGGCGAGGCUUGGUGUACUGGCUGCCUCCUCCGCCUCCCCCGCCGACGCGGGUGAGGCCCGACAGCUGGGUUCGGAGCUGCUGACCCGCCUGCAGCGCCGCCCCACCUACCUGUCGCCCACUUUGAGGGGCGCCAUCGCGCAGGCGGCGGCCCUGCUGGGCCUUGUCGCCCCACCGGAGCUGCGGCCGGAGCCCUCCGAGGGGGGGCGCUCGCCGGCUGCCGCGUCUGCUGGAGGGGCGCGGCAGGGCGGGGCGCGGCAGGGGCGGGUGGCGGCUGACGCCUCGGGGUCGCGGAACCAGCAGCAGCAGCCAGGGCGGCCACAGGUGCAGGACGGGUCGGCGCAGCGGCGGCAGGAGUACAAGGAGCCGGCGACAAAACAGCAGCAACAACCGCAACGGCAGCAGCAGGGGCGGCAGGGACGGCCAGCGGGGCAGGUAAGGGAACCAGGGGCUUCACGCUCGCCUGUAGCUGCCGCCUCCACUGCUGCUGAGUCCAGCGGGGUACCGGUGCAGCAGCAGCAGCAGCAGCCCGCAGCGGCCCCCGUGCCCGACAGCCUGCAAGCAGCCAGCCGCACCGGCAGCAGCCUCCACAGCACCUCCUCCCAACCCAAUGGAGAGCCUUCAGCACCGUCUUCAGGCCCUGCCGGCGCCGCUGCGGCCCCGGCAUCACUCCCAACCACCGCUACUAGUCCUGCUCCUGCUGCGCCUUCUCCUCCUCCUCCUCCUCCUCCUCCUCCUCCCCCUCCUCCUCCUCCUCCGCCGGCUGCUGCGGCACAUGUCGCCCAGCCGGCCCCAGCCGCAGCCACCACCACCACCCUGCCAGCGGCAGCGCCGGCAGCAGCAUCAGUCCCAGCACUCCCACCCCUCCAGGACGCCAUGCAUGCGGCCUGGGCCGCCCUAGCCAGCCUGCAGUCGCAGCAGCAGCAGCAGCAGCCCUCGCAACACCGACAGCAGGUGGGCUCCUCCUCUUCUUCCUCUUCCUCCCCCUCCUCCUCAUCAGCAGCACCAGCAGUCGCCCCGCUGGACGCGGAGUCGCUGGCAGCCUCCCUGCAGCAGCUCCUUCCCGCCGCCAUGCCGCUGGGGCAGGUGGUGGAGGUGCUGCAGCUGCUGGGCGAGCUGCGGCUGCUGCCCCAGCACGACUGGCUGCAGGCGGCGAGGGAGCGGGUGCAGGAGGCGGUACGGCAGGCGGAGGAGGC